AUUUACAACAUGUCAACUUCCCACAGUGUACGCCAUGUUAAGAUGUUCUAUUUCUCUAUAAAAGGCGCUGAAAGGAUGCUACUUAUUUUACAGUUGAUUGCAGUUUAUAUAUUGACUGUGUCUGGGGAAACACAGACACAUCGUCUUGUAAAGAUAUACGAUGGAGCGGAUAUAGCACAGGACAUUGUGCAUGACGUAGAUGAGAAUACAGUGGCCAUAACAGUCAGCCAAACACCUGCUCUGGAGAAACUUGUUCCCACUGUCAACUACCAUGACUUCAAUACGAACUAUGUGGUGUUUAAGGACAUUGAAAGAGGUAUUUGUCUGCUUACACACCCGCCAAUUCCCUUUGCGACACCAAACGUCUAUAAACUGAAAAGAACAGAUGUUACACUGGCCUUCAAGUCAAACGUGAACAACAAGCAGUUAGAUAAUGAAGAGGUAAAAGAGAGAGCUGGAGAGAAAAUCAGCGACUUCUGCCAGGACUACAAAACAUUUUGGAUGGACCUCACACCCAAACACAACAAUGAGCCUAUAAAGAGAGAGGCUGAUGAACCUGAACCGUGUGUUGCAGGCUGUGGAUGGUGCAUUGUGGAACUUGCUCCGGAUUAUAAAGAAUUAACACCAGUGAAUUUAUUCGGCUAAUUGAAACAGAUAACCUGAAUUGCUUGUGUUAUUAAUAGUUAUCAAUUAAACUUAAAUUAUUUAAAUAA